UCAUUUCCCACAAGCUGGGGGGCCGAACAAAUCGAGAUCCCUGUCACUUCAUGUCAACCAUGGCUGUCCCAUCAAGUUUUGAUUCACUCGCCCAAACGAUUGCCUCGUUCGGCAUCGUCCAAGGCUGUGUCACUUUGGUGCUGGCAAUCUCUGCAUGGGUGGUGCUACAUGCCACCUACAACGUCUAUUUCCAUCCAUUGGCUGCCUUCCCGGGCCCUCGACUUGCAGCUGCCACGAGUUUGUACAAGGCAUACAUCGACGUCGUUGCGAAGACGGGCUUUGUACAGGCUCUGGAGAAGUUACAUGCUCAAUACGGAAACGUAGUGAGGGUGGGUCCUAACGAGCUGCACUUUUCUAACCCCGAAGUCUACCACGAGAUCUACAAUGCCAACAACCGAUGGGACAAGGAGAAGAACCUGUAUCAUAGCUUCGGCGAAGACAGGUCAUCCUUUGGGUUUCUCGAGUACAAAGACGCCAAACCGAGAAAGGACGUCCUGGCCCGCGUCUUUUCGAAGAAGGCAAUCACCGAGGCUGAAGGUCUCGUGAGGGAAAAGGUUAUUGCACUGUGCGAAUCCUUCCGUCGCCAUACGGACAGCCCAGUCAAUUUGUUCUAUGCCUUCCGCUGCAUGUCGAUUGAUGUCAUUACCUAUUUGUGUUUCGGUAACUCGGUGGACGCUGUCAAUGCCCCCGAUCAUGCGGCACCUAUCAUCCUAGCCUUGGAUGCUUCGUUGCCAGUGUUUCCCGCCUUCAAGCAUUCGUCCAUGUACAAGAACAUGAUCAUCCACUGCCCGCCUAACAUUUCCAAGGUCAUCAGUCCCCAAACUGCGGGUCUGGUCGACCUUCAACAGGAGCUUAAGAGGGAGAUUAACAACGUCACCAGCAAUCCCGAAAACUUGAAGAAGCUACCACACUCGACGACAAUCUAUCAUGAGCUUCUGAAGCCAGAAUCGAAUCCCGGAGGCCAGGUUCCAAGUGCUGGAAGUUUGUACGAGGAGUCGCAGGCUUUGAUGUUUGGUGGUGCAGACACGACAGGCACAACACUAAUGCAUGGAAGCUUCUACGUCAUGACGAAGUCAGACGUGCGUAAGAAGCUCAUUGCGGAACUUCAUGAAGCUUGGCCAGAUCUGGAUCAGCCACCGUCGUUGGCAACCUUGGAGAAACUCCCGUACCUGACGGCAGUACUCAAAGAAUCCCUCCGAAUGAGUCCCGGUGUCGCUUCGCCGCUACCGAGACAUGUGCCUCAGGCCGGGGCAAACAUCGACGGCAGAUAUAUACCAGGACGUACCGUUGUGGAAAUGAGCAGUCAUUUUGUGCACCGUAACGCAGAUAUUUUUGAGCAACCCAACGAAUUCAAGCCUGACAGAUGGCUCGGUGCGGAUGGGAAGAAGCUGGAGAGAUGGCUCGUCAGCUUUUCCCGAGGCCCGCGUAGCUGUCUCGGCCUGAAUCUGGCAUGGGCAGAGCUGUACCUGACUUUUGCAUACGUCUUUCGAGAAUUCAACCUCGAGAUCGACCCUUCAAGCCCGAAAGAACUCAAGUGGCGCGAUUGUUUCCUCCCUGAGUAUCUUGGACCACAUCUGAAAGCGAACAUGACCCCAGUGACGGCGUGACAACUUCGUCCGCAAUCGACAAACAGAACCAAGACAUGACUAAAUCUACACAGAGGACAAGAAUGGACAAGGAAAGGAAGACUGAAGAUACUCGUGUAGUAAUGCGGAAGAUUUGUUAGGCCGCGAUGGAAAAGGCCGCAAAGUACAUACAAAAGUCUUUGACUUUAUCAGGCCCUGACGAUAAUGCUAAUAGUGGGCGACCAAAUUGAUGUUCCUGGAGUAUUGAUGUUCCUGGAGAUACCCAAAUUGCGAUACAAG